GAGUGUGGGAGUGUGUGAGAGAGAGGAAAGUGCAGGUGAAACUGAGGCCGGCUUAACAGGCUCUUAACUGAGGCAGAGAUGGAAUUUAAUCAACUAACCUCCACUGCUGUACAGCUAUAUGAUGAAUGGAUCAAGGAUGCAGACCCCAGGACUGAAGACUUGGUGCUCAUGUCAUCUCCGCUGCCUCAGACCAUCAUCAUUUCUGCUUAUAUCUUCUUCGUGACAUCACUUGGGCCAAGGCUAAUGGAAAACAGAAAACCAUUUGAGUUGAAGAGGGUGCUUGUGGUCUACAACUUCAGCGUGGUGGCUCUUUCUCUCUACAUGUGUUAUGAGUUUGUGAUGUCUGGCUGGGGUACAGGUUACUCAUUCCAGUGUGAUCUGGUGGAUUACUCACACACCCCACAAGCCAUGAGGAUGGUGCAGGUAUGCUGGCUGUACUACUUUUCCAAAUUUAUAGAAAUGCUGGACACAGUGUUUUUCGUUCUAAGAAAAAAGAAUAACCAGAUUAGCUUCCUGCAUGUCUACCAUCACUCCAUUAUGCCAUUUACAUGGUGGUUCGGAGUCAGAUUUGCUCCAGGUGGACUUGGGACAUUCCAUGCUCUUCUAAACUGUAUUGUGCAUGUCAUCAUGUACACCUAUUAUGGUCUGUCUGCACUGGGUCCUGCUUAUCAGAAAUAUCUGUGGUGGAAAAAGCACCUUACCUCUAUACAACUAAUCCAGUUUGUAAUGGUCACCACCCACAUUGGCCAGUACUUUUUCCUGAAGGAUUGCCCCUAUCAGUACCCCGUUUUUAUUUACAUCAUCGGACUGUAUGGCUUAUCCUUCCUUAUACUCUUCCUCAACUUCUGGUAUCAUGCAUACACUAAGGGCAAGCGACUACCCAAAGGUCUGCAAAGUGUCACCAAGGUUCAAAACAACAACAAUGGUGUCCACUUCAAAAAACAGGAUUAACUGACCUUUUGAAGGUUGGAUAGUGACAAUCUUUUUCACAUGGAGACCAUGGCUCUACUGUUUACUGGUGUACUGUAUACUGACUUUUUAUAUCCAGAAUAUUUAUAUUUAUGUGAGAAAUGUGUGCAAGAGUAAGAUCAUGAUGCAUGUGGAAGGCAAAUAUCACUGUUACUUGAUGCUGUUAGUUUGUCUGGGCAGCUGUUUCAUUUUGAAUGAAACUAGGUUUUAAAAAUUGGAUGUUUUUAGAUCAGAUGCAUAUUGAAAAAGUAACUGAUUUGCCUUGGAGAAUAAUGAACGUGUAAUUGGGAAAUAUUUUAAUAAUUUAAUAGCAUUUCCCUUAGUCACCAAAAUAAGUAGUGUGCUAUUAAAUGGGGUUAUUAUACACUACAUUUUUCUAGCCAGGCAUCGAAGUGCCUUAAAUAUGUCAUCUGCAUUUACUAGCCUCACCCUUAAGCUUUGAGACAUGUUGGCUGGAAAAAAACACUGAUUUGGGAAGCGCUUCAUGAUUGUCCUUGCAGGAGCCAGUGCAAUUGUCAGUACCUGUUUUGUGGCUUUAAGCAUCUGAAUGCUGAUCCUGGGCCAGCGCCUCUGACCGCUUGAUAUUUGAUGCGGAUAGGAAGCAGGACCGCUGAUUCUGGAUCAGAACUUUUCUGUCAUGCGUGAUGCACACAACCAUAUUCAGAACUGAUUGCGCAAUUGGUGAUUUGGGACAGGACCCUACUGGUUUUAACAUGUCACUUAAUGAUGAGGAAGGCAGUCUUAUGCAGAUUACUGCUGUCAUGAUUGUCUUUGGAUGUAUUUUGUUCAAGACAGGAGCCCAUCUAAUGAUUUUUGUAUGUUUAAAAUGAAAUAAAGUAAUUGUUUUUAAAUGUAUUUAUACGAAAAUAAAAGUUGUA